AUCCUUUUCCUUCAGGCCACGCCACAGCUAGCUUUACAGUACAGCUAGCUAGCUAGCUACAGCACUACAACAAAAAGCAGCUAGCUGAACGCAGUCGAGUCCCUGUUCCCUGUCAAGCAGCUAUGAAAGUUUUGAAGAUUUUACUCCUAGAUCUAGUCCUUCUUCGUACCGUUAUCAGGAGCUAUGGUAAUGCUCAACAACUGUAUUGUCCUGGGCAGAAUGUGGAGCUCUCAUGUACUGAUACUGCUGCUGUAAUUUGGCAGGGCAGUGCUUUUACAGGACAGUGUCCCAAUGAGAGUGACACUAUCAUAGUAAUUGCAGCUCAGGCUGUUGUCGGGAGCACUACCACAUGUGGCAUCUUCACAGCUAAUGUGACUGGCUUAACUCCAAGUGCUGUACAAGGUGUAAACAUUGUUGAUGUCAGUCUAACUUUCAGAGCUGAUGUGUCAUUGAACGGGACCACUGUGCAGUGUGAAGAUGCUAAUCCUAACGAUGCUCUACUAGUAAACGAACUUCUUGAUAUACCAGCAACCACCACACCAAUUUUGGUGUUGAGCCAAAACUCACAGUCCAUGGUUGGAGUGGCUUUUGUGAUUGAUGAUCCACGGUGUGUGGCUAUGUACCAUGUGAAUGUGACUCAGGAAGGUGGUCCCACUACCAGUGUGUCAGGAUCAUCAUCACCAGUGAGCGUGGAUGGCUUAGACUUGUGUCUAUACAGCUACAGCUUUGUGGGGUACACCACCUCUAUGACUGGUGAAGUUAGUGGAGUCAGUAUAUCAAUGGACCUCACAGUCAAUCUCACAGCUAUCAAUGGAGUUAAUGUCGUAGUCAAUGAAAUAGACCCAGUCAUCGAAUGGAAUCGGAUCGACAGCACACUUUACCCAACCUGCAUCACUGGCUAUGUGGUGGCUGAUCUUGGGAACCCAUCCCUCACAACCAAUGUUACCUCAACUGUGACUUCACUCACUGCACAGCAACUCAAUGCAGCUGGCUUCCCCUACUGUAUCAGCAUCCAACCUACAGUCACACCAAUGACUCCAGUGGGAGAUCUGGCUACUGCUGUGGGUAGCUCCAACCUUACUUUAAUUGAUCCAGAUUUCCCUACCCCGAUCCUCACCUACAGCUUUGCAUUAGUCAAUCAAUCUGAAAAUGUCACCGGUGUGGUUGUGCUGCGUGUGACUGUACAGAAUAUUAUAGGAUCCCUGAUAGAAACGACCGCUUACAGCUACACUUGUAAUAGGGGGCCUAUGUUCUCUUUUGUAACUUUUACUGGUGAUUAUUUUGAAAUUGAACUACCCCAAGCUGAGGGUCGUGAAAAUGUUGGUGUCAAUGUGGAGUUUGUGUAUGGCCAGUGCAUGAGCUCAAUGGCAGCUGAUUUUACUGUACCUGGAAAAAAUAUUACUGGUAUCAUUCAAGGUCAAUCCACGGACACCAGUUACACUGUCACUAUCACUCUACCCCUCACCCCCUACCAACCCGAGGAGCUGCUCAUCAUCUCAACUGUCGAACCAUCCAAUGGCAAUCCAAUUAUGGCUGACUUUUCCCGCCCUGUGAUGCAGUAUUCAGUGACCUUUGAUAACCUCAUGGCUGCCACAUCCUACACUUCUACCAUCAGGAUUGUCCUCCGUGCCAACACUACAGUUGAUGUUGUUCCAGCCGCUACAAGAUCAUUUAUGACCCUUAUGUUCCCAAUCAUGUAUACAGCAACCACUCCUCCACCCACUACCAUGGCUACUACCACCAUCCCAAGUCAAGCACCCUCCCAGUCAACUGCUGUCCCUCAGGGUGGAGGUUGUGGUGGUGGUUGUAUCGCUGGAAUCAUCAUUGGUUGUUUGAUUGUUCUAUUGAUAGUUGUGGUCAUCGUUGCCAUCGUUCUAUGCUACUGGAAUAAAACAAGAACAGAACCGAAGGUAUCAUCACAUGAAAUGGAGCAACAAAGAACUAAAGUAAAGCUAACUACCAACGAUGAGGAGGAGGUAGAUCUCAUGACCAAUUGCAACAAACCUGAAUCCCCUCCCACUUCUGGGACUGUCAAGUUGGGUCCAGUGUACGAAGAUCCUGAUGCCUUUAAAGUAGACCCCCACACUCAGGACAAUCUUGCCUAUGGGCAUGUUCAACAGUCAGCUCAAUUGAAGGGACCGAUAUACGAGGACAUUAAACCAGACCCCCACACCCAGGGGAACCUCGCUUAUGGACAUGUGCAAUUCAAUUAAUUUUAAAACACUGUGAGUCUAUCAUUAUUGUCCAUAUUGUUUUUAUUCCUUCAUUGACUUUUAUUUUCGUACAAACUCCAUGCAGUCACUAUAAUAGUGUUUAUUGACAGAUGUUAAAAAAUAUAACAAACACACUACAUGUAUAA